AUGGAGGAUGAGGAUGACAAGAAAAAACAAGAUAGUGGCAGUGCUGUCUGCAAUGAUACUGAGUAUCAGUGUGCAGAUGGAAACUACAUUCGUCAAAAUUGGGUCUGUGAUGGUGAUCCCGACUGCAGUGACGGGAGUGACGAGAAGACCUGCAACUACUCAAUACCUCAUGUCUGGGUGGCCAGAUGGAUGGACAGUGAUGACAGUUUUGUGGUUGGAUGUGUCCACAAGGGGAACCAAAGAGAUUUAGAGCCACAAACGCCCCCAGUGACUCUCUCUUACUAGUUGUUUGCAGGAUUCACUGGACUUGUUCUCAUCACCAUGACCUUGGUGGUUAUCAUGUCCACCUUGAGAGGAAAUCAGGCAGCAGGACCACAGAAUGCAACAUCUGAGGAAACCAAUGUACAACUUUUAUAAGAAAAUGUUGUACAGCAAUAGUGUUAUGCUGCACUUCCUUCUGGUUCCUUUGUGGUACAAAGGCCUUCUGCAUACAUGCAACAGUAAAAGUGCAGAAGAUUGAAAUAGAUUGAGAUAUGCAUUAGUGCUCUGCUAAUUAUUAGUGUAAGAGAUUAGAUAAAUAUCCUAUUAUUUUUCUCUGUUCUUUUUAAUCUCUAUUAUUGAUUAUUGAUUGUACCUUGUUGAAUAUUGACCCUGAUUUUCCUAAAAAUUAUGAAGUAUUUCCAUUUAUGUAUGAAACUGUAAAUUAAUGAUGAUACUGCACUGUACAGAUAGUACAGAUGAUGAUACUGUACAGAUGCAGAUACUGUGUAUAUGGUGUCCUGUUGAGUCAUAAGGGGAACUCUUUAAGUAUCAUUAGUGUGUCUAUAGUGUGUGAAGGAGUGAUGAAAAACUGUGUUACCUUAUAAUUUACAUUGGUGUGAUAUCUGUAACUGAAAGUUAAAUAGAUGCUUGUUCCGAAAAUCAUUAAAAGGAAAAAAAUAAAUACUGUUUGGAUUUAAACUUGCUCCAUGUUUAUCACAUCAUACCAUACCAUGGCAUUGUGUUGGCGUUAUGGAUGUGACAGUUUUGUGUGGAAUUGCCCCUGUCCGUCUGUGUCUGUGCAUGCAUGUGAUAUACAUCUAUGACUGAGCAU